AUGAUGUGGACAGUCUUCAGCCUGGUUCUUGUCAGCUCCCUUUUUGUAAUCAAAAGCGAAGCACUGCAGUGUUACACCUGUGUAGGUUCUAGCGAUGAAGACUGUAACAGACAAGGAACUCAGCAAUGUCCAGGGCAUUCGGAUGCGUGCGCGGUCAUUAGAGGACAAGCAAGCGGCGUUAUGAAGUCCUGUUCGUUCAGGUCUUUCUGCGAGCGGGCAAGGAGGGACGGAUCCAGAGCGCCUGGAGUGAGCGUUCACUGCUGCUACUCCAACAACUGCAAUGCAAAAAGCCUGGCUUCCAGAGUCACCACCUCCGCCAGCUACUUCUCUCUCCUCGUCUUUACAUUGCUGUGGCACCCAUUGCUGAAGCUGACGUGAGGCGGGGGAAAGAAGAGUAUCCUGAAGCAACAAGUCUGCCUUCUUGGAAAGGGAUGAUUGUAUUUCCUAACCGUGUUAUUCCACGUACCAUAUUCCUCGGUAGGCAAAAAGCAAUAGGCAGACCUGAC